ACUUAUGAGUUACAGUUCCCACAAAUAUCACCAACAGUUACUUGGCAAAAUCAUGAUUGAUGAUGCACGUAGGAUUUAUGAAGAAGUAAUGCAGGAAAUUGAGAAACGGGAACCAAGCACUCCUGAGCCUCAGUUGCCUUCCACAAUGAAUAGCGAGCAAAAGCAGCGAAGGUUAAACUACUUAUUCAUGAAACAAUGUGUGGAGAGUAGCCCUGUGGUACCAAUCCAGCAGCAGUGGCUGGACUCUAUUUUAACUCUGGUACCACUCUCACUGAGAGAAGGAAAAAUGAGAGAGAUAAUUGUACGUGAAUUAUUUGAAGAAGUUACCAAAGAUUUUGAAAAGAGCAUGAAAAGAUUUUUGGUGAAAAGUGUUCUUGUAAAGCCAGAAGUGAAAGGGCUUGAAUAUGAAGAUUCUGAACCACUUCCACAGGAACCUACAGGUUUGGACUUCUCUAAACCUUGGCAUGAGAGUUUCGUAAAAGCUAGAGGAGAUCAAAAAAAAUCUCUACAUCCUUCACCGCGUUCUGCAAGCAGUUUGGAUUUAGGUUACCUUACUUUUUCCAAUUUGCUCCUUCUGGAUUGUCGGAUUUUGCAAGAGUUUCUUGGAAGGACAGUCAAGGCCUACAUAGAUCUUUUUGAUGAAGAGGACAAAUACAAGAUGCCCCAAUUUAAGAUGGAGUUAAUAUUUGAUGAAGAGAAAAUGGAAUUCUACCCCACAUAUUCAGACUUGGAGGAAACUGUUCUGUAUGUGAUAACAAAAAUAGAAGAUGCCAUGCAGAAUGUUCAAACAGUGCAGUCCUGGCUAGCUGAAAGUACCACUAGAUGACAUGAGAAUAUCAAGGCCAAACCAUCUGCCGAUAUCCUAAACUGGGCCUAUUCUACACUCAAGGAAACAGUCAAAAACAACUUUAAGGGAGCAGCUGAACAUUUCCAACAGUAUGUUGAUAAUUAUGACUGGUUAAUAAAUGGGACUGCCAAAACUUAUACAGAAUUCAUAGAAGAAGAACAUUCAUUUGAUGAAUACUACAGUAUCACAGGUUCACAGACCAGUUUCGUAAUUUUAGCAGUGGAGAUCAUGAGCCUGCAGAAAGUUGCUCACUUUCAUAUGGUGCAAUUGGAUUGCGAGGAUAUAAAGCACGGCCUAGCUGAAAAAGCAAAGAGCUGUGCAGAAAUGUUGCUGGAUGGACUGGUUUCAAAACACAGAGAAGAAAAUGAACGAGCAAAUGAUUUUCACACCCAUCAUCAUUGUGCUUUGACCAAAAUAGGUUCUUGGUGGGAAUUUGUCCAAGAGUUUGAAAAAUAUUGUGAAAAAGCUUUGAAUAUUCCUGAGGAUACAAAAGAAAUGCUGGACAUGAUAGACUAUGUGAAUGAAGUAAGAAGUAAAGGUGUUGCAGCUUUGAAUAUGAGAAUCAAAUGUGAUAUAUACAUAUUUGAUCCCAAAGACCUAGACUUACAUGCCACUGUGCUCUUAUGGCCAAAGAACAUCAUACCGGUUUUUGAUGAAAAUGAUGAGCUGGUCGAGAAAGCAAAGCUUAAAGGAGAGACUGAGUUAUUGGCAAAGCGGGAAAAACUCAUAGUGGAACUGGAAAAGUUGUCCCGACGUUCAGAGGAAUUUGCACAGUGCUCUGAACUUGACUUGAUGCAACAGGUUACAACAACAUAUUUAGCAACAGUUAUGUUGAAUGAUGUACGAACAGUUCAGAAGAGGCUGCAAGACGCAGAGGAGUUAAUUGAAUAUAUCAACAGUGAAGAAGCUCUGUAUAAAUGGGAUCUAACCACUUAUCCAUUGGCUGAAGUAAUCAAGGUUAACACUGAGCCAUUCCAGAAACUCUUUGGUCUUAUUCUAAAAUGGCAACGCAGUGAAAAGAAGUGGAUGGAUGGCUCGUUCCUUGAUCUGAAUGGAGAAAGCAUGGAGGCAGAAGUAGAUGAAUUCUAUCGUGAGGUUUACAAAAUGCUAAAAUUCUUCCGGCAGAAGGAAAAGAAAGCUGAACUUGAGAAAAAGAAAGCAGCCCCUCGAAGGCGACUUGUUGCUGAGGAAGAGGUGGCAGAAGAAAAGAAAGAGAAUGCAACUGUUGCAAUGUGUGAUAUAGUCAUGGCUCAAAUCAAAGACUUUAAGGAAGUUAUCCCCAUUGUAUCUAUACUGUGCAAUCCGGGUAUGAGGCCUCGCCACUGGGCACAGAUGUCUGACGUUGUGGGCUAUGAUUUGACCCCAGACUCUGGCACAACUCUGAGGAAAACUAAAUUGAAUCUCAAUCCAUACUUAGAAAGAUUUGAAGAAACAAGCGCUGCUGCCAGCAAGGAAUUCUCAUUGGAAAAGGCGAUGCAAACCAUGGAUGAAGCUUGGGAGUCAAUUAGCUUUAAUACAAGUUUAUAUCGUGAUACUGGUGUCUCAAUCUUGUCAGCUGUGGAUGAGAUUCAAGCUAUCCUUGAUGAUCAAAUUAUCAAGACCCAGACAAUGAGAGGGUCACCAUUCUGCAAACCAUUUGAAGAGAAAAUCAAGAAUUGGGAGGAGCGUCUGAUUAACAUUCAGGAAACUAUCGAUGAAUGGUUGAAAGUACAGGCUCAAUGGCUAUAUCUAGAUCCCAUUUUUUCCUCUGAGGAUAUUAUGCAACAAAUGCCAGAAGAGGGGCGACUCUUUCAGACUGUGGACAGGAACUGGAAGGAUAUCAUGAGGCACUGUGUUAAAAAUCCUAAGGUUCUGGCAGCAACCGCUAUGACAGGAUUGCUGGUGAAACUGCAGGAUAGUAACCAUUUAUUGGAAAAAAUCAUGAAAGGAUUAAAUGCCUAUCUGGAGAAAAAGCGUCUCUUCUUUCCUCGGUUUUUCUUUCUCUCUAAUGAUGAGAUGCUGGAAAUCCUUUCAGAAACCAAAGAUCCAUUGAGAGUUCAACCUCAUCUCAAGAAGUGUUUUGAGGGUAUUAACAGACUGGAGUUUCUUCGUAACCUAGACAUCAAUGCUAUGUUCAGUAGUGAAGGUGAAAGGGUUGAACUUAUUGAAAGGAUUUCAACUUCUGAAGCUCGAGGUGCUGUUGAAAAAUGGCUGGUUCAAGUGGAAGAUGUCAUGCUAAGAAGUAUACUUGACGUCAUUGACCGAUCACGACAGGACUACCCAGAGAGCAAAAGGACUGAAUGGGUAAUAACUUGGCCUGGUCAGGUUGUAAUUUGCGUAUCCCAGAUAUUCUGGACGGCAGAGGUUGAGAGUGCAAUUCAAAUUGGAUCACAGGGUCUUAAAACAUACAUUGCCAAACUUCAGCAACAGCUGAAUGACAUUGUGGAGCUGGUGAGAGGGAAACUUUCCAAACAGACUCGUAUAACACUUGGUGCAUUAGUAACCAUUGACGUACAUGCCAGAGAUGUUGUUGAAGACUUAAUUGAAAAAGAGGUCUCACAUCAGACUGACUUCCACUGGCUUGCUCAACUUCGAUAUUACUGGGUAAAUGAGAAUGUCCGAGUUCACAUCAUCAACUGCAAUGUCAAAUAUGCCUAUGAAUACCUGGGUAACUCACCAAGGCUGGUGAUUACCCCACUGACCGAUCGAUGCUAUCGUACUUUGAUUGGAGCGUUUUAUUUGGACUUGGGAGGAGCACCUGAAGGCCCUGCGGGGACUGGCAAGACUGAAUCAGUUAAAGACUUGGCAAAAGCAGUUGCUGUACAAUGUGUUGUUUUCAACUGCUCCGAUGGGCUGGACUACAUUGCUAUGGGCAAAUUUUUCAAGGGGUUGGCUUCCUCAGGUGCAUGGGCAUGCUUCGAUGAAUUUAAUCGUAUUGAGUUGGAAGUUUUAUCUGUGGUGGCUCAGCAGAUUCUUUGCAUCCAAAGAGCAAAACAAAGCAAUCUUGAGAUCUUUGUUUUUGAGGGGACUGAACUGCGACUGAAUCCAAAUUGCUUCGUUGCUAUUACAAUGAAUCCAGGGUAUGCAGGCCGCUCAGAAUUGCCCGACAACCUAAAGGUUCUAUUCCGGACAGUAGCUAUGAUGGUUCCUAACUAUGCACUGAUAGCUGAAAUCUCUCUGUACUCAUAUGGUUUCCUUAAUGCCAAGCCAUUGUCAGUGAAAAUUGUCAUGACGUACAGGUUGUGUUCAGAACAGCUUUCAUCGCAAUUCCACUAUGAUUAUGGCAUGCGUGCAGUGAAAGCUGUUUUAAUUGCAGCUGGCAACUUAAAGCUGAAGUUCCCUGCAGAGAAUGAAGAUGUUCUGUUACUGCGAUCAAUCAAAGAUGUAAAUGAGCCCAAGUUCCUAUCGCACGAUAUUCCGUUGUUCAGUGGUAUCACAAGUGAUCUGUUUCCAGGCAUCGAACUUCCUGAAGCUGAUUACCGGCUUUUCCUUGAAUGUACGGCUGAAUGCUGCCUUAAGCAGGAUGUACAACCAGUGAAGCCUUUUCUGGCCAAAAUGAUCCAGACCUAUGAAAUGAUGAUUGUGAGACAUGGGUUCAUGCUUGUGGGGGAGCCGUUUUCUGGAAAGACCAAGAUUUUGCAUGUGUUGGCAGAUACACUGACACUUAUGAAUGAACGUGGAUUGAAUGAAGAGGAAAAAGUUGUAUAUCGAAUUGUAAAUCCUAAAUCAAUUACUAUGGGUCAACUCUUUGGACAGUUUGAUCUAGUCUCACAUGAGUGGACUGAUGGUAUUGUGGCAAAUACUUUCCGUGAAUUUGCUUCUUCAGAAACCCCUGAUCGUAAGUGGGUGAUAUUUGAUGGACCUAUUGAUACCCUGUGGAUUGAAAGCAUGAACACAGUACUGGAUGAUAACAAAAAGCUUUGUUUGAUGAGUGGAGAAAUCAUUCAGAUGUCUCCGCAGAUGAGCCUCAUUUUUGAAGUAAUGGACCUUUCCCAAGCCUCACCAGCCACAGUUAGCCGCUGUGGCAUGAUCUAUCUGGAGCCAACUCAGUUAGGCUGGAAGCCUCUUGUUACAUCCUGGCUUAAAAGGCUUUCAAAUGUACUGCCUCAGAAGGACAUGCUAAAUCUCUUGGAGGAUCUUUUCGACUGGCUAGUACCUCCUGCACUCCACAUUCUUCGCAAACAAUGCAAGGAACUCAUUCCAACAUCUGAUAGCAAUACUGUGGUCUCCCUUGCUCGUCUUUUUGAGAUGCUUCUCUGGGACCAACUGGCAGCUGAUCCUGAUUCCAAGAACAUUCGUAUCUGGAUAAUGGCUGCUUUUGCUUUUUCCCUGAUAUGGUCAAUUGGUGCAUCUUGUGACAAAGCUGGUCGAACAAUACUUGAUGCAUUCCUACGUGAAAUUGUUUCUGUAAAAUCUUCUUAUCAGCCAAUACCAGCUUCUGUAGGAAAAUGGGAAUGUCCCUUUGAAGAAAAAGGAUUGGUUUAUGAUUACAUGUAUGAGUUUAAAGGCAGAGGGCGCUGGGUCCACUGGAAUGAAGCAAUCAAAAAUAUCAAUUUGGGUGAUAAGAAAACAAAAGUCCAGGACAUCAUAGUGCCCACAAUGGAUACGGUCAGAUACACCUACCUAUUGGACCUCUGCAUUACGCAUGGAAAGCCAUUACUAUUUGUGGGCCAUACCGGCACUGGAAAAUCACUGUAUGUUCAAGAUAAAUUAAUGAACAAUUUAGAUAAAGCUGUUUAUGUACCCUUUUUUAUCAACUUUUCUGCAAGAACCAGUGCAAAUCAAAUCCAGAACAUUAUCAUGUCCCGGCUGGAUAAAAGGCGGAAGGGAGUGUAUGGCCCUCCAAUGGGAAAGAAAUGUGUGAUCUUUGUAGAUGAUAUGAAUAUGCCAGCACUGGAAAUAUAUGGUGCUCAGCCUCCAAUUGAACUCCUCAGGCAGUUCUUUGACCAUGGAAACUGGUAUGAUCUGAAAGACACAUCUAAGAUUACCCUGGUUGACAUACAGCUAAUUUCAGCCAUGGGCCCACCAGGUGGUGGUCGAAACCCUGUUACACCUAGGUUCCUUCGUCACUUCAACAUUUGUACCAUCAACACAUUUAGUGAUGAAACUAUGGUACGAAUUUUCUCAAACGUCGUAGCUUUCUACCUACGGAACAACGAAUUUCCAACAGAUUACUUUACAAUUGGAACUCAGAUUGUCAAUGCUACACUUGAGGUCUAUAAAAGAGCGAUUGAAAAUCUACUUCCUACACCUACAAAGUCCCAUUACACCUUUAACUUGCGGGAUUUCUCACGAGUUAUCCAAGGCUGUUUGCUAAUUAAGAAAGAAGCAGUUGAGAAUAAGCGUGUUUUAGUUCGUCUGUUUGUACAUGAGGUCUUCCGUGUGUUUUACGAUCGCUUGGUGGAUGAGCAGGACCGUGCCUGGCUAUUUAAUCUGAUGAAGAACAUAGUGAAAGAUCAUUUCAGGGAGAGUUUCAAUUCUUUGUUUGAGCGUUUGACACACAACAGUGGACACGUUACUGAAGAGGAUAUGAGAAGCCUGUUGUUCGGUGAUUACAUGAAUCCUGAUUUGGAGGGAGAUGAACGCUUGUAUUCAGAGAUUCCCUCAGUUAAAGAGUUUAAUGAUGUGGUGGAGUUGGGCCUCGAUGAGUAUAAUCAGACCCAUAAAACACAGAUGAAGUUGGUUAUAUUCAGGUAUGUGCUGGAACAUUUGUCACGGAUUAGUCGAGUACUGAAACAGGCAAGAGGUAAUGCCCUUCUGGUGGGAGUAGGGGGAAGUGGUCGUCAGUCCAUAACCCGUUUGGCCACGUCAAUGUCUAAGAUGAACAUCUUUCAGCCUGAAAUCUCCAAGGCAUAUGGAAUAAAUGAAUGGAGAGAGGAUCUAAAGAAUUUGCUUCGGAGUGCAGGGAUGAAAGGUCAGCCCAUUGUAUUUCUGAUUACAGACACACAGAUUAAAGAGGAGGCAUUUUUAGAGGAUGUAGACAGUUUACUCAACACUGGUGAAGUGCCAAAUCUUUUUGCACCUGAUGAGAAACAGGAGAUCAUGGAGGGUGUCCGUCCUGCAGCUCAAGCAGGAAACAAAAAUGCAGAUUUCAGCCCCCUAGCGCUUUUUGCUUUCUUUGUGAGUCGGUGCAGAGAGAACCUGCAUAUUGUGGUGGCCUUUAGCCCCAUUGGAGAUGCUUUCCGAAAUCGUCUGAGACAAUUUCCUUCACUCAUCAACUGCUGCACUAUUGACUGGUUCCAGCCAUGGCCUGAGGAUGCUCUGGAACGAGUUGCUAAUACCUUCCUAGAAGUCCUGGAUCUGACAGAUUUUGAACGUACAGAAAUCGUUCCUAUUUGUAAAUUCUUCCACACAUUUGUUAUAAAACUGUCACAGAAAUUUCUUCAGGAGCUAGGCCGUCACAAUUAUGUCACUCCCACAUCCUACCUGGAACUAAUUGCUGCCUUCCGUCAACUCUUAACAAAAAAACGUGAUACAGUGAUAAAAGCGAAGAAAAGGUACACAAAUGGAUUAGAUAAACUGGCUUUUGCUGAAUCACAGGUGGGUGAGAUGAAAAAAGAACUGGUGGAACUGCAACCAAAACUGGAAACGGCAAAAGUAGAAAAUGCUCAUAUGAUGCAGGUGAUAGAGGUAGAAUCUGCAGAAGUGGAAGCAAAAAGCAAAGUUGUGAAAGUAGAUGAAGAAGCAGCUACUGAGAAAGCAAAUGAAGCUCAGGCUUUGAAAAAUGAGUGCGAGAGUGAACUGGCAGAGGCUAUUCCGGCUCUGGAGGCUGCACUUUCUGCCUUGGAUACAUUGAAGCCAUCUGACAUCACAAUUGUUAAAUCGAUGAAGAAUCCGCCACAAGGUGUCAAACUAGUGAUGGCUGCUGUUUGUGUCAUGAAACUCAUAAAACCAGAAAGAAUAAAUGAUCCUUCCGGAAGUGGGGAAAAGAUUUUAGAUUUUUGGGGACCCAGUAAGAAAUUAUUGGGUGAUAUGAAUUUCCUACGAGACUUGAGGGAGUAUGACAAAGACAACAUACCAGUAACAGUGAUGCAAAAGAUACGUACUGAGUACCUCACCAAUCCUGACUUUGAUCCACAAAAAGUGGUUAAAGCAUCAUCUGCUGCAGAAGGAUUGUGUAAAUGGAUUCUUGCCAUGGAGGUAUAUGAUCGUGUUGCAAAGGUUGUUGCUCCAAAGAAGGCUCGUUUAAACGAGGCACAAAGAUCCUUGGCUCAGACCAUGGAAAUUCUGAACCAGAAGAGAGCAGAGCUUAAGGAAGUUGAAGAUCAUCUUGCUGACCUGAAAAAGACAUUUCAGGAAAAAACUGAAGAAAAGGCACAGCUGGAGUUUCAAGUGGACCUGUGUGCUAAAAAAUUGGAGAGAGCAGCGAAACUAAUUGGAGGACUCGGGGGAGAAAAAUCAAGGUGGUCAAAGGCUGCAGAUGAUCUACAGCUCACCUAUGAUAACCUGACUGGGGAUGUAUUAGUUUCAGCAGGAGUCAUUGCUUAUCUUGGAGCUUUUACGGCAGCUUUUCGUCAUGAAUGCAUUGUCGACUGGACCAAUAUUUGCAAGUCUAGAAAUAUCCCAUCCACAGGUGAAUUUUCCCUUAGUAAGACAUUAGGAGAUCCUAUUGUAAUAAGAACAUGGAAUAUUGCUGGAUUGCCAACAGACAGCUUUUCAAUUGAUAAUGGAGUGAUUGUCAGUAAUUCCAGGCGAUGGCCAUUGAUGAUUGACCCACAAGGACAAGCCAAUAAGUGGGUGAGAAAUUCAGAGCGUGAAAAUAAGCUGAGUAUUAUUAAACUGACUGACUCGGAUUACAUGCGCACACUGGAAAACUGCAUGCAAUUUGGAACACCUCUUCUAAUGGAGAAUGUUGGUGAGGAACUGGAUCCUUCACUUGAGCCUCUUUUGCUCAAACAGACUUUUAAACAAGGUGGUAUGGAUUGUAUCAAACUUGGUGAUACAAUUAUGGAGUAUUCAAUGGAUUUCAGACUCUAUAUAACAACAAAGCUGAGAAAUCCACAUUAUUUGCCAGAGCUGGCAACAAAGGUUUCUCUGCUCAACUUUAUGAUCACCCCCGAGGGGCUUGAGGACCAGCUGUUGGGGAUUGUUGUUGCUAAGGAGAGGCCUGAACUGGAGCACGAGCGGAAUGCAUUGAUUGUCCAGUCUGCAUCCAAUAAGAAACAGCUGAAGGAAAUUGAAGACAAAAUCCUUGAGACCCUUGAGGGGUCAGAAGGAAACAUUCUAGAAGAUGAGAGUGCCAUUAAAAUCCUGGACUCUGCAAAAAUUAUGUCUAAUGAGAUUACUAAGAAACAGCAAGUUGCUGAGAAGACUGAACUGAAGAUUGCAGAAUCCCGAGAAGGAUACAGACCAAUCGCUAAGCAUUCUGCUAUCCUUUUCUUCAGCAUUGCAGAUCUGGCCAACAUUGACCCUAUGUACCAGUACUCCCUGAGCUGGUUUGUCAACCUCUAUGUCAAUUCUAUCCAUGACAGUAAUAGGUCAAAAAUCUUAGAGAAACGUCUUCGUUAUCUGAAUGAUCACUUCACUUAUAACCUGUACUCCAAUGUUUGCCGUUCUUUAUUUGAGAAAGACAAGUUGCUAUUUUCCUUUCUGUUGUGCAGUAAUCUGCUUUUGGCAAAACAUGAUAUCAAUUAUCAGGAAUUUAUGUUUCUGCUGACUGGAGGAGUGGGGCUACAAAACAAAUUAAAAAACCCUGAUCCAUCCUGGCUCCAGGAUAAGAGCUGGGAUGAGAUCUGUCGUGCAAGCGAUCUACAAAGCUUACAUGGCCUGAGGGAUCAUUUCUCUAAGUUUAUUGGAGAAUGGCACAAGAUCUAUGAAAGUAAAGAACCACACAAUGAGCCCUUACCAAGUCCAUGGGAUAAAAAUAUCAAUGAACUUCAGAAGAUGAUUGUUCUGAGGAUGCUUAGACCUGACAAGAUUAUACCAGCUGUGAUAAAUUUUGUUACAGAAAAACUGGGGAAGCGUUUUGUGGAACCACCUCCAUUUGAUUUGGCUAAGAGUUUUGGAGAUUCCAAUGCUGCUGUUCCACUUUUAUUUAUACUUUCUCCAGGAGCUGAUCCAAUGGCAAGUUUACUAAAGUUAACAAAUGAUAAGAACAUGGAUGCAAGUCAAUUCCAGUCCAUUUCACUUGGCCAGGGGCAAGGUCCAAUUGCUGGGAAAAUGAUCAAACAAGGUAUGCUUGAAGGCACUUGGGUAUGUCUGCAAAACUGCCACCUUGCUGUGUCCUGGAUGCCAACGCUGGAAAAGAUUUGUGAGGAAUUCAGCAGUGAAACCUGCCAUCCAGACUUUCGCCUCUGGCUCACCAGCUAUCCAUCUCCAAAGUUUCCUGUGACCAUAUUGCAGAAUGGUGUGAAGAUGACCAAUGAACCUCCCACUGGUCUCCGGUUGAACCUGCUUCAAUCCUACCUCACUGACCCAAUCUCAGACCCUGCUUUUUUCCACAAUUGUGUUGGAAAGGAACUGGUCUGGGAGAAACUUCUCUUUGGGCUUUGCUUUUUCCACGCAAUUGUACAGGAGAGGAGAAAGUUUGGACCUCUUGGAUGGAAUAUUCCUUAUGGAUUCAAUGAGUCUGACCUGCGAAUCAGUGUUAGACAAUUACAGCUCUUCAUUAAUGAAUAUGUCAGUGUUCCAUUUGAAGCCAUCACAUAUCUAACUGGCGAAUGUAAUUAUGGAGGUCGUGUGACAGAUGACUGGGACAGGCGUCUACUAAUGACAAUAUUGACAGAUUUUUACAAUACUGAGGUGAUAGAAAACUCAAGAUAUGCAUUUUCCCCCAGUGGAAAUUACUGUGCACCCCCCAAAGGGAGCUACAAUGACUAUACUGACUUCAUUAAGAAACUGCCUUCAACUCAGCAUCCUGAAGUAUUUGGAAUGCAUGAAAAUGUAGACAUUUCAAAAGAUUUACAGCAAACUAGGCUAUUGUUUGAUUCACUACUACUGACUCAGGGAGGUAGUGGACAGGGAGGUCCAUCAGGCUCUAGUGAUCACAUGUUGGAAAACAUUGCUUCGGACAUUCUGACAAAGCUGCCGAAGGAUUAUGAUAUUGACCAGGCACUAAUCAAGUACCCAGUAAAAUAUGAAGAAAGCAUGAACACUGUGUUAGUGCAAGAGAUGGAGCGAUUCAAUCAUUUAAUUCAAACAAUACGAUUCACCCUUCAGAAUCUGCAGAAAGCAAUUAAAGGUCUAGUGGUGAUGGACUCAGCACUGGAGGCACUAGCAGGAAGUUUGCUUGUGGGAAAACUACCUGAGAAGUGGGCCAAACGCUCUUAUCCCAGCCUUAAACCAUUAGGAAGCUACAUCACUGAUUUUUUGGCACGACUAGAAUUCCUACAGAAAUGGUUUGAUGAAGAAAAGCCCAAUGUCUUCUGGUUGUCUGGGUUCUUCUUUACCCAGGCCUUCCUGACUGGAGUCAUGCAGAAUUAUGCCAGAAAGUACACCAUCCCUAUUGACCUGUUGGGAUUUGAGUACGAGGUUCUGCCUAGAGAUACAGUAAUGAGAUCUCCUCCAGAUGGUGCUUAUGUCCAUGGACUGUUUUUAGAUGGUGCUCGAUGGGAUCGAACCAGUGGGUUAAUGGCUGAACAAUAUCCAAAACUCCUUUUUGAUGCAAUGCCUAUCAUCUGGAUACAACCAAAUAAAAAACUAGAUUUCAAGACUUCAUCUGACUAUGUCUGUCCAGUCUACAAAACAAGUGAGCGGAAAGGAACCCUCUCUACCACAGGACACUCGACCAACUUUGUUAUUGCCAUGCUUCUGCCAACAGAUAAGCCAGUUGAACACUGGAUCAAGCGUGGUGUUGCACUUCUCUGUCAGCUGGAUGACUAG